AUGGAUAAGCCAACACUGGUUUGCAAGCUAAACAAAUCUCUCUAUGGCCUAAAACAGGGUAGUCGACAAUGGUAUGCAAAAUUGACUGAAACCUUAUGUUUAAAAGGAUAUACACAUUUCAUGAAUGAUUACUCACUUUUCUAUAAGAAAAAUGGAAAAUCCUCAGUAUAUGUUAUAGUAUAUGUAAAUGAUGUGCUGUUUGCUGGGACUGACCAGGAAGAGAUCAUACAAUUGAAGGCCUUCUUGCAUGAGCAAUUUAGGAUCAAAGAUCUGGGCCAACUACAUUAUUUUCUGGGACUAGAGGUGAUGUACAAGGAUGAUGGUAUCAUAAUCUCUCAAAGGAAAUUUGUAUUAGACAUGCUGAAAGAGUACAAUUGCCUAGAUUACAAGCCUUGUUCUUCUCUCUUAGAUCCUACCAUAAAGCUAAAGGCCAAAGAAGGUACCUUCUUACAAGACCCCACUUACUAUAGAAAGCUGGUGGGAAAACUAAAUUUCCUAACCAAUACUGGGCUGGAUAUUGCAUAUAUUGUCCAACACUUGAGUCAGUUCAUGCAAGAGCCCAGAGAACAUCAUUUGAAGGCAGCAUUCCAACUGCUCAGGUACUUGAGAAAUGAUCAUACUCUGGGAAUCUUCAUGUCUAAGGAUGCAGAUUGCACAGUCAAAGCCUGUUGUGACUCUGAUUGGGCAGCCUGCCCAGAUUUCAGGAGAUCCAUUACAGGUUAUUUGGUACUUCUGGGCAAUAGCCCUAUCAGCUGGAAGUCUAAGAAACAGGAAACUAUAUCACUAUUCUCUGCAGAAGCAGAGUACAGGGCCUUGAGGAAAGUAGUAGGGGAGUUGGUAUGGUUGAGCAGACUGUUUGAAGAACUAACUGUCCCUUUUCCAAUGCCUAUUUUAGUGUUCUGUGAUAGCCAAUCUGCACUUCACAUUGCCAAGAAUCCAGUCUUCCACGAAAGAACCAAGCAUAUAGAAGUGGACUGUCAUUUUGUGCGUGAUCAAUUACAAGCAGGGCUUGUUUCACUUCAUCAUAUUAGGACAGAUAGUCAACUGGCCGACAUUCUGACCAAAGCUUUAACUGGAAUCAUACAUAGUGCCACAUUAAGCAAGUUGGCUGUGUUUACCACACCUCCAAUUUGA